ACGUAAACACACAAUGCACGUGCGGCGCCAUGAUGAAUGAACGAGGAAUUUGUGUCCAACAUGAAGCAUGUGGAAGAGUGUAAAACUGAUUGCCAACCGCCAAAAUAUGUUGACGUCAUGACAGUGCAGAAGCUGCAGAAGUCACUGGAGAAUGUCCUUGAUCCUUUAGGAUUUGAAGUGCAUCCAUUCAAGAUUGGUUGGUACAAUGAGAAAGUCCAGACGCCAUUUCAUCUAUCGUACCACGAAGACACCGUUGCCUUUUGUGUGAUCAGUAGUCCGUCCAUGUUUGAGAAAGCCUUUAAACCUUACGUCCAGUCUCUCAAGGUGUUGGGUAGCAGGGAUCCAUUAGAUGACUGUGUCGGCAAGCAGUAUCAACGUCUGAAAGAGUCCCUACCAGAGCACAGAAUAGUAACAAUUCAAGACUACGAGUUGCAUCCUAACAGACGACCAAAGAUUCUUGUGCAGACAGUCGGCCAUGUGUCGGGUGGGGCGUAUUACUAUCAAAGAUCAGACAUGAAGCAGGACCCGUGGGGACAAAAGAAAAUAUUUGGGGUUAGCAUCCACCCGAGGUACGGAGGGUGGUUUGCCUUCCGUGGUGUUCUCAUCUUCCCGGACAUCCGGUCCUCAGAUCUCCCUAAACAAGAACCUCCGAACGUGAUUCCGACGGACAAGGGACUGAGGGACCUUCUUGAAAAAUUCAACGACCACUGGCAGGAUAAUUCCUACAGGGAUUGCAUCAAGGUCGAAGACCGUUAUUCAGUGGAACAGGUGGAAUAUUUUGGCACGUUGCCGGCAGAGAGAGGGAAACUUCUCGGACUGAGCAGUGAGAAAACGACAGAUGAGAAAAACGAUCGAUUUCAUUAGGUCCUCUUUUACUUUUAUUUAUGUUUUUUUAAGAAUGGUGCAACAGUGUGUUUUGAAGAUUAUAUUUAUUUUUAUUCUUGCUUGCAAGAAGUACUUAAAAGCAUGUUGACAACACGAGUUAUUGUCCACAGUAUCCACACUUUAUGUGAUCUGACAUUUACAUGAAACAACAAACUUGUGGAAAACUUUUAAGCUCAAAAGGGUGAUUUGAAUCACAAGAAGAAAAACUUUCCAAAAAAAGAUUUUCCACUUAUUUUAAACAUCAGGUUUUUGACUUGUGAGAUCAAACUUAAAUGUUAAUUACCCAUUUCUCAAAAACUAAAGUUAUGCUCUGCCUUUGAAAUCUCUUCUGUGAGUAGUUUUGUCAGAUUGGUUCUUUAUAAAUCCGUUUAUUUUCCCCUUUGUUUGUCCUUUUUUUGUUUCAGCAACUUGCCAUUUUAACGCUGUUUUCACUUCACUAAUGAGGAAAUUGAGUUAAAAUCAGUUAUUAAAAAUAAAAAGAGUCUCAAAGUAAUUCUGAUCAGUAUUGUAGGUAACAUCUUCACACGGUUAGAAAAACAUGAAACCAAAUCAAAUAAUGGCUUUCAGACCAAUUGUGUUAUCUGUAAUUAUUCAUUACAAAGAGUUGUAAUUUAUCCAAUAAUCAUCUGCAGUAAAUCUUUGUUUUUCCAUAAAUGAAAUUCAUUGUUACACAUGAAUAAUAUAAAUAUUUCUAUGUCUGGAUUUCUUUCAAGGUAUCUUUGUGAUGAAUACUAAUACCACACAGUUUAGAUUAACUUCUCAUUACAUAAAUAACCAUAACCUAGACUUGUAAAGAAAACUAUUCCCCUCGAGUUUUGCUUUGCUUAGCUGCACCCUGAAACCAGGCCCCAGUUAAGCAGUUCCACAAAAAGCAGGAAAUAUUGCUUCACAUUUUUUUGCUUAGCAAAAAGGAGCAAGAUCAAUCAAUCUUGCACCGUAUCCCGCAGGAUGUUGGCUCAACGAAUUGUCUUUCUCCACUCUUGCCUGUCUUGCACUCUUCGAUGUUCCAGGUAGAAGGUGCUGUUAGUGAUGAUGUCGCUUUCCUACCUCUUCCGAGGCCUACCCCGUCUAUUUUUUCCAGUUAAAAUACCAUGUCGUGUAACAUCUGUGACUGGUAUCCUUCUUAAUUUUUGCUUAGCAGAAAGUUAGUAAGCAAUCAUUUCUUCCUAAGCAACCCCAUAGGACCAGGGUACUACUAGUGGCAUGGGCGACCAUUCAAGGAAGUUAAAGGUUUAAGUGGUAUACUAUAAUAGUUGGUUUCCACGAUUAUAAAUAAGAUACAGAAUAAAACAUACUAAUUUUACAAUUAAAACCAGAAUCUUUGCAUGUUUAAUUUCAUAUUUUGCCAAGGAAUAAAACAAUGCACCGUUGCACAUUUCUAAGCGAAAGCCAGUCAUCUCACCCCUACCUAGCAAACUUACCCCCGACAUAAUGCUGAUCUGAUCAAAGAUUUCAUGUCACAUGACAACGUAGGCUAGUAAAGCACUAUGCAUCCAAAUAAAUUACAAAGUUUUCUGGACUCCCAAAAUCACGAGCAGCAUUCAAAUAAAUAUAUAGAUUUGGUAAAACUACUUAUCACUCUACUAAAGAAUAGUACUUUAAUAAAUUUUUAAAUAGUAAAAAAUAUAUUGCUAUUUUAAAUUUAUUAUUAAAUCAACUACAAUCUCCCCCAAAAAGACAGUACUAGCACCGGGGUCAUGACAGAAAAUCCCUCUCUCUAGAUUAUCAGGAAGGAGAGUCAUGGUUGAAAAGAAUCUCUAAAAAAAAAUCUUCAUCCAAAUUAUAGGAAGCAUGUUUAAAAGCAUUUCCACCUUCUGUUCAACUCUGGAGCGAUAUAUUCUAAGGAGCUUCUGGGAGCAGUAUCCUAGGCACUAGAGAAGUAAAUCAAAGAGCAUGAUUCAUUCUUAUCUGGAAAAAAAAAAUAAAGCUAAUUGUUCACAAAUAAAAAAUUUGAAUUCAAAUAAUAGACUUUGCAAGUUUUGCGCGUACUUAAACAUUUGGACACAAAGUUAACACGUACGGUUCUUUCAUGUAAUUCAGCAAUGUUCAUGGGACCAAAGUGAUAAAAAAAAGUUAAAAUCCGUGCCAGACUUGCACAGUCUAUAGCAUGAAAUUCUCCUUUCCAAUGGCUCAUAAGCCAUCAGUAAACACACCAUUUGAUUAACUAUGCCAGCCUGCACCAUAAUACUAUGUGUUGAAUGCUACGCAGUCACACAGUUUAGUAGAACAGUUGGAGCAAAGCUAUAGUUGGGCCCUCCAAACUAUAACACUCAAAUUGAGACCAGUCCCAUCUACAGUUGGGAAAAUUCUUAAGUUGGGACGAAACACACCACCAUACACAGACCAUGCAGUGAAAUGGCUUCACACGGUUGACUAACUCACU